AUGUCUCGCCAUCUCACAACACACCAGACAAUCGGCAUUCACCCCGACCUGGCGUUCAUCACAGCCGAAAGCAUGGCUUCAUCCAACGGCUCUCCUGCCUCCCCUCGAGACCGCAUCUGCUGCUACGACCUCACAGGGGCGCCCUUCUCAAGCCUGCACCCCGUCAGGCAGUACACGGAGCACGAGGACCUCAUCACGUGUCUCACAGUCUUCCCCCCCAACCCCAACCUCUUCCUCUCUGCGUCUCGGGACACCACCAUUCGCCUCUGGGACCGCCGCGCUUCCAAUGCUGUUGCUCUCCUUGGCUCCCCUUCCCCCUCGGGUCGGCCCCAGGCCCAUGCGGGUAUGGUAACCGCAUUGGACGCAUGCCCAGCAUCUGUUACAGUGGCAUCAGGAGGCAUGGAUGGUUACCUAAAGCUCUGGGACCUGCGCUCCCUGCACUCCCUCGGGAACUCCCCGCCUCUCGGUUCGCUGAACCUGGACGAAUCCCCCAUUCUCAAGCUGGCCAGUAGCAUGCUGCCAGGUGUCGUCGCCGUGAGCACUGUGCGGGGAUUGUACUUGGCUGAUUUGAGCGGCAGUGUGGGCCCGAGUGGUGGAGGCAGCGCCAGGCUGGCAGGGGGGUUUCAGGAUGGGCGGCAGCCCGGGCGGUAUCAUGAUAUCAAGUGGGCGCAUGGGCGGCGGCUGCUGUUUGCUGGUGGGGAUGGAAUGCGGGUGGAUGUGUAUGGGCUGCAAUGA